AUGGAUCAUAUACCGUCGUCGCCCAAGUCCAUCAAGGGGAACACCGAACUGCUCAUUUGGGUCGACCUUUUCUCGGGAUAUGUGAUUGCAAAGGCUAGCUCCUUUCGGACGGCACAAACAAUAGCGGAGAAUUACGAAGAAUGUGUGUGUCGACGCUUCGGAGCUAGCGAGGCUAUCAGGCACGAUCGAGAACCGGGAUUUAUGUCCGACUUCUUUCGAGCCUUCAGUCGGAUCGUAGGACAAAAACAGCGUGCUACUAUGGCUUACAGGCCACAAGCAAAUGGAACAGCCGAACGAAUGGUGCAAACCCUGACACAUUCGCUCAAGAUGUACGUGGCUGAAGUUGACCAGCGAGACUGGGAUGAGUAUGCUGAGCGGCUCACAUUUGCCAUUAACACUGCACAAGAUCGGAUCCGGGGGGAUACCCCGUUUUAUCUGAUUCAUGGGUGGGACCCGCGAUCGACUUUGGAGGCUACGCUACCAGUGGGAAAUGCGGGGACACGAGAUCGCGAUCCAAAGAGGUGGAGAUACAAAAUCCAAAGACAAUACCAGCGAGCCCGAUCUGCAGUGAACGAUCGUUUACAAGCCGCAAUCCAGGAGCGAGCGGAUCGACACAACGAAGAUCUGGAACCACACGAGAUCGAAGUAGGAGCGCAAGUUUGGCUAUACAUGGACCGAGUUAAAGAGGGAUAUGCGAAGAAGCUAGCGCACAUGUGGCAUGGGCCAUUCCGAGUUGCGGACGUAUGUGGAGGUCAUGCUGUAAAAUUGGAGAUCGCUGGAACCCCAUAUCGGUUAUUUCCGAUUGUGCAUAUAUCUGUUGAAUGGUGA